AAAAAGAAAAACUGUUACUAAGCUCACUCUAUAAACUCCAGAGAUCCAACCCUCGCUUCCUUGCUCUCUCAUUCACCCCAAAAGGUUUCGUACAAUCAGCGAUUCCAUCUCGCGGGUUUCUCCGGCCGAUUACUGUCUACUGCCGAGCUGCUUAGAUGACGACCCCUGCUCCGUCCGACUUCAAGAACGCCGUCGCGGUGGCCAAGGCAGUGCUGUCUGCUGCGGCCUCCGUGACAGCCACGGCCAUGGUGGUGCAGUCCAUGGUUCACACAAUCGUCCCCCAUGAGCUCCAGGGCCUCCUCUUCUCCAGGAUCCGCGGCUUCUUCUCCCGUUUCUCCAAUGAAAUGACCAUGGUUGUCGACGAGUACGACGGGUUCGUCCAAAAUGAGCUCUUUGAUUCAGCUCAGGUUUUCCUGGCUGCCAAGCAAUCCCCUUCGACGACACGCAUCCGAGUGUCCAAGCCUACCAAGGAGAACCACUUCACCGUGGCCAUGGACCGAAAUCAAGCGCUGGUGGAUACGUUUCAAGGGGUUGAACUCAAGUGGGUGUCCGCGUCAAGACAGCUCGACUCGGGCCACCGAGUUCAUCAUGGCCGGAACUCGACGGUUCAGUACGAAGUUCAGUACUUCGAGCUCACUUUUCAGAAGAAACACAAGGAGAUCGUGCUCAAUUCCUACCUGCCUUUCGUCGUCAGCGAGGCCAAGUCCAUGAAGCAGGGGAAGAAGACGCUGAAGCUACACACUCCGAGCUUCGACCGUGUCUACGGCGGUCCUCUCUCAGAUGCGUGGGCCUCGGUGAACCUCGACCACCCGGCGACAUUCGGGACACUGGCCAUGGACCUAGAGCUCAAGAAGACAAUCAUGGACGAUCUCGAGAGGUUCGUGAGGAGGAAAGAGUACUAUAGGAGAGUAGGCAAGGCGUGGAAGAGAGGGUACUUAUUGUAUGGACCCCCCGGCACAGGGAAAUCAAGCUUGAUUGCGGCGAUGGCCAAUUACUUGAACUUCGACAUAUACGAUCUAGAGCUGAGCGGGCUCCGGAGCAAUGCGGAGCUCAGGAGACUGCUUGUUGCCACCGCGAAUCACUCCAUAUUGGUGGUCGAGGACAUCGAUUGCACCAUUGAGUUGCAAGAGAGGAAAUCCGAAACCCGAGCCGCGCGCAUGAAUAUGAUGUCCACUGACUAUCCACGAGAAGAUCUGACGCUGUCUGGAUUCCUCAACUUCAUUGAUGGGCUUUGGUCGAGCUGUGGUGAUGAGCGGAUCAUAAUCUUCACUACCAACCACAAGGAGAAACUAGACUCAGCCCUAUUGCGCCCAGGGCACAUGGAUGUGCAUGUUCACAUGUCCUAUUGCACCCCCUGUGGAUUCAAGCUUCUUGCUUCUAAUUAUCUCGGGAUUGAUCACCACGAGCUCUUUGAUCAAAUCGAGAGUUCGAUCACGGCAGCAAGAGUCACUCCAGCCGAAGUAGCAGAGCAGUUGAUGAAGAGCGAUGAACCAGAGGUCGCUCUCAAGGACUUGGUUUCCUUCCUCGCUGAUCACAAGAGGAAAGAAACUGAAGAAGUCAUAAAGGAGAAAGUUUGCCAGUGCCAGUUGGUUGAAGAAAAUGGAGGAACUGAAGAGGAAAGCGAUAAGUGCGAAAUAAUUGAAGAAUAACCAAUACAUAUCGACUAUGUUGAUAUGUUUUGAUCGAUUUUAAUUUAGAUUAUCAUAAAGAAAGUGAUCAUUGAAUAUAAAGUAAUUGUAUGAAGUCACUGCAUGGUCAUCCAAAUGAUUAAUUAUGUGAGUCAAAUGGUAAAAUUAGAUGGUCAAUGGUUUAGACGAACUCGAUUUACAUGGCUUGUCAACCAUGCGAUCUUUUCAUGAUCGAAUAUUCAAAUCAUGCUAAUAUUAUAAUUUGCUUUAUAUA